AUGGGGGCCGGGUUCGGCGCCGGGCUGGGGCUGGCCCUGGCCUCCAGCGCCUUCAUCGGUGGCAGCUUCGUCCUGAAGAAGAAGGGGCUGCUCAGGCUGUGCGGCCGCGCCAGGGCAGGUACGGCCGCUCCCAGGCGCUGUCUCCCCCGAGGGUCGUGGCAGGAAUUCUGUUUGGCUUCAUCCGAGGUCUCUCCUUUGUUUCCUCCGCACUCAGGGCAAGGAGGGCACGCGUACCUGCGAGAGUGGCUUUGGUGGGCAGGGCUGCUGUGCAUGGGAGUUGGAGAAGCCGCAAAUUUCGCUGCCUAUGCCUUUGCCCCUGCAACACUGGUAACUCCACUGGGUGCUCUGAGUGUCCUUGUUAGUGCAGUUCUGUCUUCCAUCUUCCUGAAUGAGCAGCUGAAUGUUCACGGGAAGAUUGGCUGCAUCCUGAGUAUCCUGGGCUCCACUGUGAUGGUGAUCCAUGCUCCGCAGGAAGAAGAGGUUUCCAGCCUGGAGUCAAUGGCAGAGAAGCUGAAAGAUCCAGGAUUUAUUGUAUUUGCUGUGUGUGUCCUGGUGAGCUCCCUUCUGCUCAUCUUUGUGGCUGGACCCCGUUAUGGACAGAGCAACGUCCUGGUUUAUGUUUUGGUCUGCUCUGCCAUUGGCUCACUGUCCGUAUCCUGUGUCAAAGGCCUGGGGAUUGCCCUGAAAGAAUUGUUCUCUGGGAAGCCAGUCCUGAAGGAACCCCUGGCCUGGGUGCUCCUGGUGUGUCUGGUGAUCUGCAUCAGCACGCAGAUCAACUAUCUGAACAAAGCCCUGGACAUUUUCAACACCUCUGUGGUCACACCCAUUUACUACGUGCUGUUCACCACAGCAGUCAUGAUGUGCUCAGCCAUCCUCUUCAAGGAGUGGCAGCACAUGGUGCUGGACAACAUCAUCGGCUCCAUCAGUGGCUUCCUCACCAUCGUGUCCGGCAUCUUCCUCCUGCACGCCUUCAGGGACAUGCCCUUCACCCCCACCCUCCUGCCCCUCUUCCUGCAGCCAGGCAGGGCAGACCCACACCUGCCCUGGAGCAGUGCAGACAGACACCAGUCCUGUCAGCACCAGCCUCUGCUGCCCUCGGAGGAUAAGGGCUCUCAGAGUGCAGAGGAGGAGGAGGAGAAGUGAAAGCAGGUGAGGAAGCAUCUGAACUGCUGGCUUCCUGCUCCCACUGCCAAGGCUGAACGUGCUGCUGCAGGAGCAGAAGCUGAGUUACCAUCUGCCUGCCCCAGGCACCACCACACUGACAGGAGGCUGACAGGGCCAGCAGCCUCCUGUGGCUACAGAAAGGAGUCCUGGGAACUGCCCAGUUCCUGGCACCCUGUGCUUCUUCAUUGUUAUUUUAUGUGAAGAAUUGAUCUGCCCUCAUCAGGACUCAGACCUCGGCUGUGCAGAGAGAGAGGCCUGCAGCACUAACACAGUGCUAACCCUGACUCCAUGGCAGAUCACACAUUUGGGGAGGCUCACGCUGUUUUUUAAAACCAGAAUUAACAGUUACAGAAUUACCUAACAUGGUGCUAAGGUUAUGCAGAGAGAAGAUGGAUGUCUGGCUUUAAAGGUGACAUACAGAGAGUAUUAAUGCAAAAAUUCCUCUAUCAAGUACUUGAUUU